CAUAUAAUAUAAUUGUAAUGAUUUGAAUGAACAUUCACAGAAACAGAAAAAGUUCAAAAGUAUCAUAUUCUCCGUAUUAUUUACAACAAUCUAAGAAUAAUUCAUUGGCCAAUUACAAAAAUUCACAAUUUUUCGCAUUUUUCAUCAACUUUCCUUCUCUUUCCCUCUUGCCAACUCUUUAAGCUUCUUUCCAUGUGAACUGCCAUUAAAGCUUCUUCCCUGAUUCUUUGGCAUCAACUCUUUAAGCUUAAUCUGUAUUUCUAUCAUCCCCUUUUCUCCGUGAUUAAACUCAACAAAUUUUCUUUGUCUUCUUAUAUUCUUUCUGUCUAGUCUCUAUACAAUCCAGAGAACAAGAACCAUCUUUGUGUUGCUCUGUUUUUCAAGGAUAUAUAGCACCCUCCAGCUUCCAUUAGUAGUCCAUAAUGGCAGUCGCCGGUGGAGUAGAAUUCGUGUUGGCUUUAGGCUGCAUGCGAUGGGCCUGGAAGCGCUGCAUGCAUGUGGGAUCCGACGACAGUGCUUCCUGGGCUUCAGCCACUAAGGAUGAAUUCGAACCAGUUCCUCGUAUCUGCAGCCGAAUCCUCUCUGUCUACAAGAACGACACCGAAAAUCCCCAGUCCUCAUCGUCUCUCGACCCCAAGUGUCUAAUCAAGCGAGUCAUCUACGAGCAGACCCUCGGCCGUGCUCCUCCUUAUAUCAUCUAUCUCGACCAUGAACACAAAGAAAUCGUGCUUGCAAUUCGUGGGUUAAACUUAAUCAAGGAAAGCGACUACAAAAUGCUGUUGGACAACAAACUGGGGAUGCAAAAGUUCGAUGGAGGAUAUGUUCAUCAUGGGUUGUUGAAAUCUGCUGUGUGGUUGUUGAAUGAGGAGAAAGAGACGUUGAAGGAUCUGUGGGUGAACAAUGGGAAGGAGUACAGUAUGGUGUUUGCAGGGCAUUCUUUGGGAUCAGGAGUGGCCUCCUUGUUGACGAUUAUUGCUGUGAAUCAUGGAGAUCAAUUAGGAGGCAUUCCCAGGAACAAAAUCAGGUGUUAUGCUGUGGCUCCAGCUCGGUGUAUGUCACUUAACUUGGCGGUUAAGUAUGCUGAUGUGAUUAACUCCAUUGUUCUGCAGGAUGAUUUCUUACCAAGAACCACUACUCCAUUAGAGGAUAUUUUUAAAUCAAUCUUCUGCUUGCCUUGCUUGCUAUUUUUGGUUUGCUUGAGGGAUACAUUCGUACCGGAAGGUAGAAAGCUGAGAGAUCCAAGAAGACUUUAUGCACCUGGACGAAUGUAUCAUAUUGUGGAGAGAAAGUUUUGCAGAUGUGGGAGGUUUCCUCCAGAGGUCAGAACUGCCAUUCCCGUAGAAGGAAGAUUUGAACACAUUGUCUUGUCAUGUAAUGCCACGUCUGAUCAUGCAAUUAUUUGGAUAAAAAGUGAGACAGAGAAAGCCUUGCAGACAAUGGUGGAAGGCAGUUCCGAGACCAUUGUAACUCCUCCAAAAAUACAGAAACUGCAAAGGUUACAGACACUUGAAAAAGAACACCAAGAUGCAAUGGAGAGAGCUGUCAGUUUAAAUAUUCCGCACACUGAGACAGAGGCAGAAACUCAGGAUGGCAAAGAGGCAGAGUCUUCCCAUGGCGACCAUGAAGGUGAAAAAGCUUCAGGAACUAAAUCAGAGUCCAGCAAUGCAAGGUCAAAGUGGGAUGAACUGCUUAAUAAUGUGUUGCAGAAGGAUAUACAGGCAGCGAAGGAAGAUGCGAAUUCCCCGAAAUAACAGCUGCCUUAUCUUCAGUGUAUAUAUAGAUUGAAAGAUGGGUAUUUUCUUCAUUUUUCCACCCUCCUUCCUGAAUGUUCAAGUCUUCUUGAAAAAUUAACUUGCAAAAACCACUUGCGAGGAAACGCUUGAGAUACAAAAAAGAACACACACCAGUUUACCUUUCUUGCUUCAUCGUGAGCACUUUACUAUUUUAUCGUCUUUACUUUUAAGGUUUUUAACGCCAUAAUGUUCAGUUGGCAGCUAAGUUCAUUUUAAUCGCGUUAUUCAAAUGAACUAAAGAACAGCCAUCAAAGGUCAUACAGCCCACCUGCUACUGAACAAUUAAUCGUAAUCUUCCAUCUUCGAGUUUGAGACUUCCGCACAAUUGUAGUGGUGAAUUCAAUUAAUUUCUCAUUUUGAAGAAUGAAAGAUUAUACCUCAAUUAUAAAAAUUCAUUAAUUCUUAAUCUUUUUUCAAAAUGAAACAUUUUCAUUUUUCAUUAAUGAACUAUUGAAAAGUUCUUAAUUCCAAACAAAAUCUUCUCUUCCCUUCAGUGCCCUAUUUAUUUUAUAAUUCCCACAUGAA